GUAAAGGUAAAUCUGAUGUUGUACUCAAGGGAUAAUAUGAACUGUGCAGAGCCACUGUUGGAGUCUAAUAACCUGCUUAAUGUCCGAUUUAACCUGUCGAGGAAAGCUGUCUGGAUUGUCCAUGGAUACAGACCGCUGGGCAACACCCCAGGGUGGCUUCGCACAUUUAUUAAGACAUUCCUGAAGCACGAAGACGUAAAUCUCAUUGUUGUAGACUGGAACCAGGGUGCCACAACUUUCGUUUACAACAGAGCAGUUAAAAAUACCAGAUUAGUUGCCCGGAGUUUGAGUGACUCCAUUAAUAUUCUUUUGAGCUAUGGAGCAUCUCUUGACAAUUUCCAUUUCAUAGGCAUGAGCUUAGGGGCUCAUAUUAGUGGCUUUGUAGGAAAGAUAUUUCAAGGGCAACUUGGAAGAAUUACAGGUCUUGACCCAGCUGGACCAAACUUUUCUAGAAAACCAGCGAAUAGCAGAUUAGAUUACACUGAUGCAAAAUUUGUAGAUGUCAUCCAUUCUGAUUCCAAUGGUUUAGGCAUGCUACAGCCAGUCGGACAUGUUGACUUUUAUCCAAAUGGAGGAAAACGGCAGCCAGGUUGUCCUACAACAGUUUUUUCAGGAAUUAAUUUCAUUAGUUGUAACCAUCAGAGGGCCAUUUACUUGUUCCUUGCCGCUUUUGAAACAAGGUGCAAUUUUGUUUCAUUUCCUUGUCGGUCCUACAGAGAUUACCAGAGAGGAUUAUGUGUGGACUGUGGGGACCUUUACAAAGACUCCUGCCCUAGACUAGGUAAUCAAGCUAAGCAAUGGAGAGAAGAUCUGAAAAAGAGAACAGAAGAAUGGCCUCUUAGGACCACUGUAUAUUUGGAUACCAGUAGUGAAAAUCCAUUCUGUUCCUACUAUUUUGUUAUCAGCAUAGUUGCUUUGGAUGAAACUAUGAGGAAUGGCUCAAUUUCAUUUAGUUUAUUAAAUAAUCUUGGGGAAUUUCAAUACCCCAAGCUCUACAUGAGGAGCAAGACUUUCAAUAAUCUUCAUAAAAGCAAGAUUCUUGCUCGGGUUUUAAGUGAUGUUCGGAACGUUUCACGCAUCUACAUGACAUACUUUCAGUCCUCAAGUGUUCCCUGUCCCACAUGCCAAUACGGAAUCCAGAGUCUCAUGUUAAAAUCACUCACAUAUCCAGAAAGACCACCAUUUUGUAAGUAUAAUUUUGUACUUAAAGAAAGAAUAAGGAAAGAACUUCAACCAGAUGCAUGUAAGACACAGAUGGUGUGA